UGCUCCAGCUGUGUCCUGAGACGCUGGACCAGCCACCUCCCCUGGGGCUGGAGUUGAAGCAGAACCAACUGGCCAUCCCAGCGUGAGACAGACAGUGGAGCCGCCAGAGCCUGUGGGCCGCUGGGCAGUUUUUGCGUUCUCCAGGCUGGCUUUCUCCACUCAGCGGAAUGGCGCUACAAGUAGAACUGAUACCAACGGGAGAGAUCAUCCGCGUGGUCCAUCCACACAGGCCGUGCAAACUAGCCCUGGGCAGUGACGGGGUGCGGGUGACCAUGGAGAGCGCCCUGACUGCCCGAGACCGGGUUGGGGUGCAGGACUUUGUCCUGCUGGAGAACUUCACCAGCGAGGCCGCCUUCAUUGAGAACCUCCGGCGGCGAUUCCGGGAGAACCUCAUCUAUACCUACAUCGGCCCUGUCCUGGUCUCUGUCAAUCCCUACCGAGACCUACAGAUCUACAGCCGGCAGCAUAUGGACCGCUACCGUGGUGUCAGUUUCUAUGAAGUGCCACCUCAUCUGUUUGCAGUGGCUGACACUGUGUACCGGGCACUUCGUACUGAGCGUCGGGACCAGGCGGUGAUGAUUUCUGGAGAGAGUGGGGCAGGCAAGACAGAGGCCACCAAGAGACUCCUACAGUUCUAUGCAGAGACCUGCCCAGCCCCUGAGCGGGGUGGCGCUGUGAGAGACCGGCUGCUACAGAGCAACCCCGUGCUGGAGGCCUUUGGAAACGCCAAGACUCUCCGUAAUGAUAACUCCAGCCGGUUUGGGAAGUACAUGGACGUGCAGUUUGACUUCAAGGGUGCCCCCGUGGGAGGCCACAUCCUCAGUUACCUCCUGGAAAAGUCACGUGUGGUACACCAGAAUCACGGAGAACGGAACUUCCAUGUCUUCUACCAACUGCUGGAGGGGGGCGAGGAGGAGACCCUUCGCCGUCUGGGCUUGGAACGGAACCCCCAGAGCUACUUGUACCUGGUGAAGGGCCAGUGUGCCAAAGUCUCCUCCAUCAAUGACAAGAGUGACUGGAAGGUCGUCCGGAAGGCACUGUCAGUCAUUGACUUCACAGAGGAUGAAGUGGAGGACUUGCUAAGCAUUGUGGCCAGUGUCCUACAUUUGGGCAACAUCCACUUUGCUGCUGAUGAAGAAAGCAACGCCCAGGUUACAACUGAGAACCAGCUCAAGUAUCUGACCAGGCUCCUUGGUGUGGAAGGCACAACGCUGAGGGAAGCCCUGACACACAGGAAGAUCAUCGCCAAGGGGGAAGAGCUCCUGAGCCCGCUGAACCUUGAACAGGCUGCGUACGCGAGGGAUGCUCUCGCCAAGGCCGUGUACAGCCGCACGUUCACCUGGCUGGUCAGAAAGAUCAACAGGUCACUGGCCUCGAAGGAGGCUGAGAACCCCAGCUGGCGAAGCACCACAGUUCUCGGACUCCUGGACAUUUAUGGCUUCGAAGUGUUUCAACAUAACAGCUUCGAGCAGUUCUGCAUCAACUACUGCAACGAGAAACUGCAGCAGCUCUUCAUUGAGUUGACUCUCAAGUCUGAGCAGGAGGAAUACGAGGCGGAGGGCAUCGCGUGGGAACCUGUCCAGUAUUUCAACAACAAGAUCAUCUGUGACCUGGUGGAGGAGAAGUUCAAGGGUAUCAUCUCCAUCUUGGAUGAAGAGUGCCUGCGUCCCGGGGAGGCCACUGACCUGACCUUCCUGGAGAAACUGGAGGACACUGUCAAGCACCACCCCCACUUUCUGACGCAUAAGCUUGCUGACCAGAAGACCAGGAAAUCCCUAGGCCGAGGGGAGUUCCGCCUUCUUCAUUAUGCUGGAGAGGUGACCUACAGCGUGACUGGGUUCCUGGAUAAAAACAACGACCUCCUCUUCCGGAACUUGAAGGAGACCAUGUGCAGCUCGGUGAACCCCAUAAUGAACCAGUGCUUUGACAGGAGUGAGCUCGGGGACAAGAAGCGGCCAGAGACGGUAGCCACCCAGUUCAAGAUGAGCCUCCUGCAGCUGGUGGAGAUCCUGAACUCUAAGGAGCCUGCCUAUAUCCGCUGCAUCAAGCCAAAUGACGCCAAACAGCCUGGUCGCUUUGAUGAGGUGCUUAUCCGACACCAGGUGAAGUACCUGGGCCUCAUGGAGAAUCUGCGUGUGCGUAGGGCUGGCUUUGCCUAUCGACGGAAAUAUGAGGCUUUCCUGCAGAGGUACAAGUCACUGUGCCCAGAGACAUGGCCCACGUGGGCAGGACGGCCCCAGGACGGGGUGGCUGUGCUGGUCAGACACCUCGGCUACAAGCCAGAAGAAUACAAAAUGGGCAGGACUAAGAUCUUCAUCCGAUUCCCCAAGACCUUGUUUGCCACAGAGGACUCCCUGGAAGUCCGACGGCAGAGCCUAGCUACCAAGAUCCAGGCAGCCUGGAGGGGCUUUCAUUGGCGGCAGAAGUUUCUCCGUGUGAAGCGAUCAGCCAUCUGUAUCCAGUCAUGGUGGCGUGGCACACUGGGCCGGAGGAAGGCAGCCAAGAGGAAAUGGGCAGCUCAAACCAUCCGUCGACUUAUCCAUGGCUUCAUCUUGCGCCAUGCACCUCGCUGCCCUGAGAACGCCUUCUUCCUGGACUACGUGCGCACAUCAUUUUUGCUCAACCUGAGGCGGCAACUACCCCGGAAUAUUCUGGACACCUCUUGGCCCACACCCCCACCUGCCUUGAGAGAGGCCUCAGAGCUGCUGCGGGAGCUGUGCAUGAAGAACAUGGUUAGGAAGUACUGCCGGAGCAUCAGCCCUGAGUGGAAGCAGCAGCUGCAGCAAAAGGCUGUGGCUAGUGAAAUUUUCAAGGGCAAGAAGGACAAUUACCCCCAGAGCGUCCCCAGGCUUUUCAUCAGCACGAGGCUUGGCACAGAGGAAAUCAGCCCCAGAGUGCUUCAGGCCUUGGGCUCUGAACCCAUCCAGUAUGCCGUGCCAGUGGUGAAAUACGACCGCAAGGGUUACAAACCUCGCUCCCGGCAGCUGCUGCUCACACCCAGUGCUGUGGUCAUCGUGGAGGAUGCCAAAGUCAAGCAGAGGAUCGACUAUACCAACCUAACGGGGAUCUCUGUCAGUAGCCUGAGCGAUAGCCUAUUUGUGCUUCACGUGCAACGUGAGGACAGCAAGCAGAAGGGAGAUGUGGUGCUGCAGAGUGAUCACGUGAUAGAGACGCUAACCAAGACGGCCCUCAGUGCCGAUCGCGUGAACAGCAUCAACAUCAACCAGGGCAGCAUCACGUUUGCAGGGGGUCCAGGCAGGGACGGCAUCAUUGACUUCACAUCUGGCUCGGAGCUGCUCAUCACCAAGGCUAAGAAUGGCCACCUGGCUGUGGUGGCCCCACGGCUGAAUUCUCGGUGAUGAAGGCCCCAGCGGCCCC